AUGUUCUCAGGAUUCGGAGCAUCUGUAUUUGGAGCUCCAUCAUUUGGAGCUCCUAUCAACAACAAGUUCGAAGACUAUUUCAGAUGUUAUCCUAUUUCGAUGAUGCCUGAUCAGAUCAGGAAAGAUGAUGCUAAUUAUGGAGGUAAAAUUUUUCUACCCUCUUCUGCAUUGAAUAAGCUCACAAUGCUACACAUUAGAUAUCCAAUGUUGUUUGAGCUUACGAGUGAAGCGACAGACAUAACGACGCACAGCGGUGUCUUAGAAUUUGUUGCAGAAGAAGGGAGGGCUUAUCUCCCUCAAUGGAUGAUGUCUACUCUUAAGAUAUCGCCGGGCCAGAUAUUAAGAAUAGGGAAUUGUGACCUACCUCUAGGCAGUUUUGUGAAGAUAGAGCCUCAAUCUGUUGACUUUCUUGAAAUAUCUGACCCAAAGGCUGUCUUAGAAAAUGCCUUGCGAAAGUUUUCAACUUUAACAGUUAAUGACAUAAUCGAAAUCAAUUAUAAUAAUACCGUGUUUCGGAUCAAAGUUCUUGAAACUAAACCAGAAUCACCGGGAAAAGGAAUAUGUGUGGUAGAAACUGAUCUUGAAACUGAUUUUGCCCCACCAGUAGGCUACGUUGAGCCAGAAUACAAACCGAAAGUGACGAAGCCGACAAAUUCACCAAUUGACCCUUCAUCAGUAAGAAAAAGUGCAGGUGCAGGGACCAUGGCCAAAUCUUUAAAUUAUGCCAACCUUGUGGACAGUGCAUCAAAUUCUCAACAAGCAUUUAAAGGAUCGGGCCAGAAGCUUUCAGGGAAACCAAUGGAAGAGCCAAAAAGUGAAAUAUCAAUAGAUGAUUUAGAUCCAGAUGCGCCUCCUGUUCCUUUGAUACUACCAAGUAAUCAAUUAUUUUUCGGAUUUCCAGUAAGCUUGCCUACACCGGAGGAAGAAAAUGAUAAUACGAAAGACGAACAGAGCGCAUUCAGCGGCAGCGGUCAAUCCCUAAGACAAAGUAAAAAGAGAAAAGAUAAAAGCAAUAACAAUUUCCCUUCACUAAAGAACUACUCAAGGAGUCCAGAGUUCAUUGAAAUUGACUGA